AUGGCAAACUUGUUUGAUAGACUGGGUGGUGCGACAGUAUUCACCAAGAUAGACCUCAAGACAGGUUACUGGCGAGUUCGGAUCACAGAGGGUGAUGAACAUAAGACGGCUUGUGUGACAAGAUAUAGGUUGUACGAUUUCCUAGUCAUGCCAUUCGGCUUGACUAACGCCCCAGCUACAUUUUGCACUCUGAUGAACCAAGUCUUCCGAGAAUACAUUGACGAAUUCGGGGUGGUCUACUUGGAUUAUAUUGUGGUAUAUAGCCAAACAUUGGAAGAACACCUAGUGCACUUGCGGAAGGUCCUAACUCGAUUGCGGGAGCAUGAACUAUAUGCGAAGCUAUCCAAGUGA